CUUUGUUUUAAUUCCUUCAUUAAAUGGAUUUAUUUCUGUAAACAUUUCUUUCAGCGCGCACGAUUAACCCAGCGCCGCCGGUCGUCACCGGCCACCUACCACCGACGACCGCCGUGCGCCACACCCACCACAUAUUCAGCUCACUUAAAUCACUAUUCAAUUGACGUUCUUUCUACUCGGCCCACCCCCGUGCACCUGCAUUCUUCGGUGCCGCUUGUCGAGGAAACUAUUGUGCGAUUGUGUUGAAAAGAUGAGGAAUUUCUUCUUGCUAUAGACGUUACAUCGAGUGGCACUCCCGAGGAGAAGCUCAAAUGGGCUUUCCGCAUGUACGACGUAGACGGUAAUGGCGUAAUUGACAUACAAGAAAUGACGAAAAUUGUUCAGGCCAUAUACGAUAUGCUCGGCGCGUGUUCAUCGAAUCGACCAGCCGAUUCCGCUGAGGAACGUGCAAAAAAUAUUUUCGCAAAAAUGGACGAAAACAAUGAUGGUCAAUUAACCCAAGAUGAAUUUUUAAAAGGGUGCCUGCAAGAUGAGGAACUUUCAAAAAUGUUGGCCCCAUAAACACCACAACCAAAUAAAAAGAAAACAUAAAAACCAACAACCACCCCCUCACAAAAUAAAAUUUAAAAAAAAACCAAAGAAACAACCACAAGAAAUUUUGAAAGAAAACAAAAUAAAAAUAAGCAAAUGACCCAUUGUGGUUUAUGUAAUUUAUUGAAUCAUUUAUAUCAUAAAAUUUAUAAAUUUACAUUUCCUAAAAUGAAUACUAAGGCAUCUACUAAAAUUUAA